AUGAGUAGAGGUGGGAGCUAUGGAGGUGGUCAGAGCUCUUUGGGCUAUCUGUUUGGUUCUGAUGAUCAACAAAACACUGCCCCUCCCUCUACUCCAGUGGUUUGCGAACCGCCAUAUGGAAUUGAUACCCACACAGAAAAGCCACCAAAACCUUCUCCUCCUCCUCCCAAGGAAGAAAAUGUCUCCAACAACUAUCGCAGAGCUGAAGGCCAGAACACAGGAAACUUCAUCACUGAUCGUCCAUCAACAAAGGUUAAAUCAGUUCCUGGUGGAGAUUCAUCUCUAGGGUACUUGUUCGGAGAUAAGUGA